CUGAGCUGUAGCAUGCAGGCAGAGGAGGGCACGGACUGGCUGCUGGAGCUGCUCACCGAACUGCAGCUGCAGCAGUACUUCCUGCGCAUCCGGGACGAGCUCAACGUCACUCGCCUCUCCCACUUCGAGUACGUCAAAAAUGAAGAUCUGGAGAAGAUCGGCAUGGGACGCCCUGGUCAGCGGCGGCUGUGGGAGGCGGUGAAGCGGAGGAAAGCCAUGUGCAAGCGGAAAUCCUGGAUGAGCAAGGUGUUCAGCGGGAAGCGUCCUGAAUCGGAGCUGCCACCCCAGCCCCAGAGCACCUUCCGCAAGCCCCCCCCGCCGCCACCCCCCGAAGCCGGGGGCCAGCACUCCCUCACCUGCCUCGUGCGGGAGCGGGACCUCUCACUCUUCGAGAAGCUGGGCGAUGGCUCCUUUGGCGUCGUGCGUCGCGGCGAGUGGUGCACACCUGCUGGCAAGACGCUGAAUGUGGCAGUGAAGUGCCUCAAGACAGACGUGCUGAGCCAGCCGGAGGCACUGGAUGACUUCAUUCGGGAGGUGAACGCCAUGCACUCCCUGGACCACAGGAACCUCAUCCGCCUCUAUGGCGUGGUGCUGUCCCACCCCAUGAAGAUGGUGACAGAGCUGGCCCCCCUGGGCUCCCUCCUGGACCGCCUGCGGAAGAACCAGGGCCAUUUCCUCAUCUCCACCCUCUGCCAGUACGCCAUCCAGGUGGCCAAGGGCAUGGCCUACCUGGAGUCCAAGCGCUUCAUCCAUCGUGACCUUGCCGCCCGCAACAUCCUGCUGGCCUCCAAUGAGCUGGUCAAGAUUGGGGACUUUGGGCUGAUGCGGGCCCUGCCCAAAAAUGAUGACCACUAUGUGAUGCAGGAGCAUCGCAAGGUCCCCUUCGCCUGGUGUGCUCCCGAGAGCCUGAAGACACGCACCUUCUCCCAUGCCAGUGACACCUGGAUGUUCGGGGUGACCCUCUGGGAGAUGUUCACCUAUGGGCAGGAGCCCUGGAUCGGCCUCAAUGGCAGCCAGAUCCUGCACAAGAUAGACAAGGAAGGUGAGCGGCUGCCACGGCCCGAGGACUGUCCCCAGGAUGUCUACAACGUCAUGCUGCAGUGCUGGGCGCACAAGCCUGAGGACCGACCUACCUUUGUGGCCCUGCGGGACUUCUUGGUGGAGGCUCAGCCCACUGACAUGAGGGCACUGCAGGACUUUGAGGAGCCUGACAAGCUGCACAUCCAGAUGAACGACAUCAUCACGGUCAUCGAGGGCAGGGCCGAGAAUUACUGGUGGCGGGGUCAGAAUAAGCGGACCCUAAAAGUGGGCCAGUUCCCCCGAAACACGGUGCCCUCAGUGGCGGGGCUGUCAGCCCACGACAUCAGCCAGCCGCUUAAAAACAGCUUCAUCCACACAGGCCAUGGAGACACCAACCCGCAGCACUGCUGGGGGUUUCCCGAUAAAAUUGAUGAGCUGUACCUGGGAAAUCCCAUGGACCCUCCUGACAUUUUAGGUGUGGACCCGAGUGCUGCCAGACCCACCCAGCUUCCAGGCAGGGCUAAAAGGCAGCCGCCUCCGCGCCCGCCUCAGCCUACCGUCCUGCUCACCAAGCCCUGCUACGACCCAGUCAGUGAGGAGGAGGAGGGUUUGCCGGGGGGUCUCCGGAAGCUCUGCCUGAAGAAGCCAGGUGCAGGGAAGGGUCUGCGACCGGUCAAGCCAUCGGCACGGGUACCAGGCACCAAGGUGGGCGAGCGGCAACCCGGCCGGCCAGCAAGUGAGGGGACAGCAGGCGGCGAGGUGACCCUCAUCGAUUUCGGGGAGGAGGUGCCCCAAGGUAGCCCCUCGCCGGUGGGAGAGCUGACAGCCCCAUCAUUGGCCAAGCUGGCCAUGGAGGCCUUCUCCUUGCUGGACAAGACCCCCCAGAUCCCGCCCCGUGUCCCCAUCCCACCCCGGCCCCUACGCCGCAAUGAGCCUGGGCGCUGGUCGGGGGACCUUUCCCCAGCUUCGGGGGGUGAGGAAGACCGGCCGCCCCAGAUUCCCCCCCGGGACCCGUUGUCACAGCCCACCUCCCGGACACCCAGCCCCAUGGCCCUGCAGGUGGGCUCCCCCCAGCAACGUGCCACCCUAUGCUCCUGCCUAUCCACCUCACCAGGGAAGCCCAUGCCCACCACACAGAGCUUCGCCCUCGACCCCAAGUAUGCCACCCCCAAGGUCAUCCAGGCGCAGGGCAAAGACUGCUCCAAGGGACCCUGCAUCCUGCCCAUUGUGAAGGACGGGCAGAAGGUCAGCAGCACCCACUACUACUUGCUGCCCGAGCGCCCUGCCUACCUGGACAAGUAUGAGAAGUUUUUCAAGGAGGCCAAAAGCCCCGAGGAGGUGCCAGCAUCCCGCCUGGUCACCACAGCCACCGUCCGUCCCAUGGUGCAGCAGCCGCCACCGGACUGCAAGGCUAACUUCUCCUCCAACAACAGCAACCCUGGGCCCAAGUGCCUGGUGAAAGCCUCCUGCAGCCUCCAGAAGAUCAUCUACGAUGGCCCGGAUGGCUACCGCCCCGCUGACAAGAUCCGACUGGUGCAGGACACAGUGCACGGUGUGACCACCGAGGAGUGUCAGGCAGCCCUGCAGAACCACGGCUGGAGCGUCCAGCGGGCCAUCCAGUACCUGAAGGUGGAGCAGCUCUUCUGCCUGGGGCUGAAGUCCCGUGUUGAGUGCCACCGGGUGCUGGAAAUGUUCGACUGGAACCUGGCCCAGGCCAGCUCCCACCUCCUCGAUCCCUACAGCACCACCCGCCAGAAGCGGUGACAGCGGGGACAGGGCGAGCUGUGUCGAAUCUGGAGCAGGCAUCUCACUGCGGGGCCACCCCCCGGUGCCCACCCCUACCCCCACAACCUGCUGCUGGACU